AUACGUCCAAUUCAAAUACAGUUUUUUUUUUUUAAAUAUCAACAUUAGAUAGUGGAACCUAAUAAACUUGCACUCGAUUACUUUAACGAAAAAAAAAUAUAAGAUAUCUUUUAAAAUAAAAUAAAAAAAGAAACAUCGUGUGGAACCAUUAACAAUCAACAUAUAUUUAGUGGCACGCACGUCUUCUAAAAUUGUCCUCGCGUAUUCAUAUAUACAUAUGCUCAAACAUUCAAGAACCAAACGCUAGGCGUUGCAGAAUUAUUAUUCCAUUUUAGAGACAAAAACAUGGCAAGAUCGCUCAAGAAACCAGCCAAGUUUAGCCUACGACGAGUCCGGAUCAACUCACCGUCCAUUAGGUUCAAACCUGACUCCAGUUCCAUAGAGAGAGACCAAAGAAUCGAGUUUCUUGGUCAAAAUGCCGAUGAUGCUGGAUCCACAGGAGAAGAAAGCAAAGUCCAAAACAGAGAGAGCGAAGAGACAGAAGACAAACAAGAAGAAGAAAUCGUCAAAGUAGUGAUAAAAGAAGAGAAAAAAGAGCAAAAAGAACAAGAUGACGUCAAGAGCUUUCAAGAUGGAGGCGCAGAAGGGAAGAAAGAGGCGGGAGUAGCGGUUGAGACGGCUAAGGAGGAGGAGACUGAAGGGGGAAACAGAGUAAUGGUGGUGGUGGAUAAAGCGCUUGCUUCUACAGGAGCUUUAGAAUGGGCUAUAACACACACCUUACAACCACAAGACACUCUUUUUCUGCUAUAUUUUGCACAACCAUUUAGAAAAGGGGAAAGGAAGAACCGAAAACGGGAGGUGAAAACUGAUGAACUAGUCCAUACUCUGAAGAAACUAUCCCAAACAAAACGACCAGGGAUAGAAGUGGAGAUAAGGAGGCUAGAAGGGAAAGACAAAGAGAAAGGAGCAAAGAUAGUCGAAGAAGCAAAGAAACAGCAAGUGACUCUUUUAGUAGUUGGACAAGAGAAGAAACCUCCUGUAUGGAGGCUACUGAAGAGAUGGGCUUGGAAGAGACGCCGUGGACACGCCGGUGUUCUCAAAUACUGUCUCGAAAACGCUUCUUGCAUGACUAUAGCUGUUAAACCAAAGAAGCGCAAGCACGGUGGUUACUUAAUCACCACCAAACGCCACAAAAACUUCUGGCUUCUCGCUUAAUGAACACCAACCUGCAAGCUUUUCAUCCUUUAUUUUUUUUUUGUUUGUAUCAUCAAAAGCUUUCAAAUAAAUCCUUUAUUAAAAUAACA